GAUCCGCCAAGUUCUUGGGACUCCUUGCGAAAGCAGGCAAGGAAGCUCGAAGCUCAGCUUGAUGAGCAAAUGCAUUUAUAUCGUAAAUUAGUCAGCACAAAAGUUGAGAAUGCUGCAGACAAUGAUCUUGAAAGUGGGAUAGAACAGUUACUGAAACAGCUCCAACAAGUCAACUCUCACAUGCAUUCUUGGGUCUCAUCUGGAGGAUCUGAAUUUUUUUCACACACAUUGACUCGCCAUCAAGAAAUCCUUCAGGAUCUUACUCAGGAAUUUAAUCGUCUCCGUUCGAGCUAUAGAGCUAAAAAGGAACAUGCCUCAUUGCUCGAUGAUUUUAGGGAGUUUGAUCGCAGUAAUUUGGAUCUGGAAGAUGAUAACAAUGGUUCUUAUGAGCAAGCACUCCUUAAUGAGCGUGCUUCCCUACACCGGAACACAGGGCAGAUGGAUGGUGUGAUUUCUCAAGCACAAGAAACUAUAAAGGCACUUGUGUAUCAACGGUCAACAUUUGGUGGCAUUAAUUUAAAGCUUAGCAAUGUCAGCAGUCGGCUUCCAACAGUUAAUCACAUUAUGUCAGCGAUCAAAAAGAGAAAGUCAAUGGAUACCAUCAUUCUUUCGUUAGUUGCCUCAGCGUGCGUGUUUCUCAUCCUGGUUUAUUGGUUGACAAAAUGAAAAGGUAAUGCAUUUUUCUCACACUGCCAUCCAUCUCUGAUCAUGACUUGGCUCCAUCAUAUUCUUUUGUAUAUUAGUAUAUUACCUACAAAGGCACAAGUUAAUAAUUUUUGCUUUUUUGACACGAAUGGAAUCUUGAAUUGAUUUGUAUGUAAACAGUUGCCAUGUACACAGUUAAUUGGUGAAGAAUCAGCUCCAGUUUAGGCUUAUUGUUGAAUCCCCCCCCCCCCCCCCAAUUCCACAAGAUUUGCAUUUCCUGAAGAUAAGAAACCA